UACAAUGCAGGAAUCUCAGCUAAAGCAUCCAUGACAGAUGGCCAUCCAGCUUCUGCUUAAAAACCUCUAAGGAAGGAGAUUUCUGUAGCAAAUCCUACUCUUACAGUGCAAUCUUUAAUUUGUAUGUAUACUGCCUUGAAGCACUGGUUAAAAGUGGGAACAACAAGAACAGUAAAACAUAGAAGAUACCCAACAGUAUACCAUGAUUUCUUUGACUCUAGGAAGUUCAGGGUGGUGGACAUGAUUGGGCUGACAGGGAAAGACUGGUCCAUGGUUAUUCAAUGAGAUUUACGACUAAGUAAGGAUUUAAUCCAAGGUCUGCCCAGUCUAACUCUCAGGCCACUGGCUACCAUGAGGUCCAAUGAGGAAAGUCUCUCUCCAUUGUCUUUCAGAAUGUCUUGGAAUUCACUAAAUGGGGAUGACUUGCGGCGCCCCAAUAUACGAAGAGCUUCGAGCCUCACUUCCAGUAGCCAGGGGAGCUAUGAAACCCCAGAAAUGGGGGAACUCCAACGCAUGUUGUGGUCGCCCAUUCCCUGCCGUGGCAACGUCAACGAAGUCUGGCCUAACCUCUACAUUGGAGAUUUAUAUAUAGCCCGUGAUAUAGAACAGCUUCGCCGAAUGGGUAUCACCCACAUAGUAAAUGCCGCUGCUGGAAGGUUCCAUAUUGACACAGGGGCCAAAUUCUACAAAGACCUGCCUGUGGAUUACUAUGGAGUUGAAGCGGACGAUGACCCAAAGUUUGAUCUCAGCAUUUACUUCCACCCAGCUGCUAAGUAUAUAAGAGCAGCGCUGAACUCUCCCAGAGGCAAAGUCCUAGUUCACUGUGCCAUGGGCAUAAGCCGCUCCGCCACCCUUGUGCUUGCCUUUUUGAUGAUCUGCGAAAACAAGACCCUCGUGGAUGCGCUAAAGUCCGUGCGGGAACACAGAGGAGUCUGCCCAAACUCUGGUUUCCUCAGCCAGCUCCGAGAACUUGACAUCCGGUUAACCAGUGAAAGGGGACAGUCAAGAGGUGAUGCCUUGGUGGGUGCCCUGUGCUGUGGCUCAAGACGAAGCGGAAAGUCAGAGGGACAAAAGGAGGCAAAUACCUGAACUCUGAGUCUGUGUUAGAAGAGGUGUCUGGGUAGUGAAAUGAAAAGAGUUAAGUAUUUCUUUGAUGUUAGAAACUAAGUCAAGAUUAAAGGCCUGCCAGGCAUUUGGCA